GAGGGGGUGAGAGGAGAGAGGGAGAGGAGAGAUAGAGGGAGAGAGGAAGGGGAGAAGGUUGUCGCUUGCUUGAGGAAUGAGGACGAGCUGCAAGAUACUAACUUUCUCGGCGUUGUCGGGGCUGGUCCUGGUUUGCUGCUGGAUCUACGGCGGGCAAUUGAACCCGCGUUGGGACCGAGCAGCGGCUCCCCACGGCCUCUCGCAGGGGGACGGAGACGGGGGCGCCUUGUACCCUCUGUGCCAGUCCUACUUCCAGGGCGACAAGGUGUUCGCUUGGGAGAGGGAGAGGGAGAGGGAGAGGGGGCGGGAGCGGGCGGAGGCGGCUGCCGGCGACCAGGACCAGGAGGGCGGCUACUGCCGGCGGCUCCGGCCGCUGCUCCUCGCCUCCAAGAGUCCAGCGGGAGCGGAGGAGAUCGCCUUCCCCCUGGCCUUCAUCAUCACUCUGCACAAGGACUUCUCCACCUUCGAGAGGCUCUUCAGGGCCAUCUACCGCCCCCACAAUGUCUACUGCAUCCACGUCGACCAGAAGAGCCCGGGCCACUUCCACAGGCGCCUGGACCUUCUCCAGAGGUGCUUCGCCAACGUCUUCUUGGCCUCCAGGAACGAACCCAUCAUCUACGCCGGCAUAUCCCGGGUGGAAGCCGACCUCAACUGCUUCAGGGACCUGCUGCAUCUCAAGAGCGGCUGGGGGUACGUCCUCAACCUGUGCGGCCAGGAUUACCCCCUGAAAACCAACCUGGACAUCGUCCGGCAUCUCAAGACCUUCAAGGGCAAGAACAUCACGCCCGGGGUGUUGCCGCCCAAGCACGCCGUGGCCCGCACCAAGUAUGUGUACAAGCAGAUCCUCUCCAUCAACAACUCCCGCGUCCUCCGGACCAAGGCACUCAAACCCCCCCCGCCACACAACCUCACCAUUUACUUCGGGUCUGCUUACUACGCCCUGACCACCGCCUUCGUGGAGUUUGUCCUCCAGGAUCGGCGCGCCUUGGACCUGUUGAAGUGGUCGGUGGACACCUACAGUCCGGAUGAGCACUACUGGAUAACGUUGAACAGGUUACCGGGUGUACCUGGCGCGAUGCCCACAGCAACGUGGCAAGGAAACAUACGUGCCAUAAAAUGGAGUGAUGUAAAAACCCACGAUGGUUGCCAUGGUCAUUAUUCCAGAAAUAUUUGCAUCUAUGGACCUGUGGAUUUGAAAUGGUUAAAUGAAAAUAAAGCGUUGUUUGCCAACAAAUUUGAACUGAACUCUUACCCGCCAACUCUGGAGUGCCUGGAGUAUCGGAUGCUGAACCGCACGCUCAGCCAGAACGCCAUUGACCUACGAUGAGACAGCGUAAUGUUGCUGCCAUUUCAAAGGAAGCGGAAGAAAACUUGGGAGCAAGCGAAUGAUCUUAAAAUGAGCCACGGACUGGGAUAUACUUGAUUCUUUGCUUUUAUUUUCUGCUUCACCGCCUGUCUCCACUUACACUGUCAUCGGUUCCUUUCCUUGGAGCCACAUUAAUUUUGUACACGUCUUUGAAGCGAGAAAAACAAAAAUCCUGCACAGGAAUGGGGUCAAAAACACGAGUGCUUUGUUUAA